UCUCUCUUUCUCUGGUUUUCUUCUCACAAUGUUUCCAAUUCCAAAUUUCCAUGAUCUCACCUCCAAUUUUCUGCCACUCUGGCUAAUCCGUGGUGGGCCAAUCCGGUGGGCUUUCCGGCCACCGACCUGAUGACAACUACUAUCGGCGGCGGCGGCGGCGGUGGAAGGGAUUAUGAUGAUGAACAAGAUGAGUCGAAGGAAGGCGGCGUCGUGAUCGGAAACCGGCGACCCAGAGGACGGCCUCCGGGAUCUAAGAACAAACCAAAGCCGCCGAUUAUUCUCACGCGCGACAGCCCUCACGUGCUCCGCACGCACGUGAUUGAGAUCGCCGGAGGAGCCGACGUCGCCGACAGCAUAGCCCACUUCGCUCGCCGGCGGCAGCGCGGAGUUUUUGUUCUCAGCGGGAGUGGCACGGUGGCCGACGUCACUCUCCGGCAAUCCGCCGCGUCCGCCGCCGUGAUACAACUUCACGGCAGAUUCGAGAUUCUAUCUCUGACCGGAACUUUUCUUCCCGGCCGAGCCCCUCCCGGCUCGACCGGCUUGACCGUGUACCUCGCCGGCGGUCAGGGGCAGGUGGUCGGAGGGACGGUGGUGGGCCCACUAUUGGCGGCUGGGCCAAUAAUGUUAAUAGCUGCCACUUUUGCCAAUGCAACUUAUGAGAGAUUGCCAUUACCAGAGGAGGGCGAGGACAAUAAUCAAGAAAGAGAGAGAUCUCCGGCCGCCGCGAGCGGAGGAGAUAUGGGGGCGGCGCCGCCGGAUCCUUUUAAAGGAUCUUCAAUUUGCGACAUGACACCAAUAAAUCAUCAUGCGAUUCUUCAAAAUGAAGGACACCUUGGAAAUUAUGGGUAUGGGGGCGGCCAUCUUGUUUGAAUUGAUUAAUUAGUUUAUGUUUCACAUUUAGUGUAUAAAUUUUAAUUUUUGAAUUUAAUAAAUAUUUAUAUUAUUACUUAAAUGUUGUUAAAAGUUAGGUU